AUGUAAUAACUGAAUAGCAACGACGAAACUUCUUCAAUUGAUGAGAACAUAUCUAAAUAUUAUCAGAUAAUAGAGUUUAAAGGCAAAGGAGCGUAUGGGAUAAUUUGGAAGGCAAUCGAUAAAUAAACAAAGAAAAUUGUUGCUUUGAAAAAGGUUUUUGUGAUUAAUAUCAUAAAAGGUUUUUGACGCAUUUUCAAAUGAUACAGAUGCACAGAGAACAUAUAGGGAAGUGAUGUAUCUCUAGCAAUUGACAUAACAUGAGAAUAUUGUGAAAUUGCUGCGUGUACAUAGAGCUAUGAAUAUGAAAGAUCUUUACAUGACAUUUGAAUAUGUAGAAUCAGAUCUUCAUAAAGUAUAAUAUCUUUUAAAUAAAGGUAAUCCGAGCAAAUCUCCUCUAAACAUAGCAUGUUAUUUAUAUACUCUNUAAGCGAUUUUAGUUUUGA